CUGCGGAGCUGCCAUGACGACGGGCGACUGCUGCCACCUCCCCGGCUCCCUGUGCGACUGCCCGGGCAGCGCCGCCCUCUCCAAGUCGGUGGACGACUCGGACAUCGGGCGCCCGCAGUACGUCACGCAGGUCACCGCCAAGGAUGGCCGCCUCCUCUCCACGGUCAUCAAGGCCCUGGGCGCGCAGAGCGAUGGUCCCAUCUGCCGAAUCUGUCACGAAGGUGGAAACGGGGAGGGUCUCCUCUCCCCAUGUGACUGCACGGGAACCCUGGGCACUGUGCACAAGAGCUGCCUGGAAAAAUGGUUAUCCUCCUCCAACACAAGUUACUGUGAGCUCUGCCACACAGAAUUUGUUGUAGAGAGAAGACCAAGGCCUUUGACAGAGUGGCUCAAGGACCCAGGUCCCCGCAAUGAGAAGAGGACCYUGUUCUGUGACAUGGUGUGUUUCCUCUUCAUCACUCCCCUGGCCGCCAUCUCGGGCUGGCUGUGUCUGCGGGGAGCCCAGGAUCACCUGCAGUUCAACAGCCGCCUGGAAGCCAUUGGACUCAUAGCACUAACUAUAGCACUUUUUACAAUCUACGUCCUUUGGACACUGGUUUCGUUCCGCUACCAUUGCCAGCUGUACUCAGAGUGGCGAAGGACCAACCAGAAAGUCCGCCUGAUGAUCCCGGCCGCGCGGAGCCCUCACCCCGUGCCCCACUCCUUACUCUCCGCCAAGCUCAUGAAGAAGAGCGCGGAUGAAACCACCGUCUGAGCCAGCCCUCGGCCACAGCCUGCUGCGCCGCGAGGCCGCGGCCAGAGCUGCCACAGCCCUUUGGGACCGGCAACGGAAAAGAGGUCGAGGUCUCUGUGCGGGUGCCAGAGACACGGGGAAACAAUCCUCCCACCCAGGGGGGCCUGUAGUCUGCAUGUGCUUGAUGCCCGGGCAAACAGACAGAUGAGAGAAAUCUGUCGCGUGGAAUGGCCUGAGAGAGCCAGACGGCAAAUGUGCCUGGGUGCAGGGACACUUUGCUAUAACUAAAUACCAUAUGUGGAAAAUCUCUCCCUCUAUAUAUGUAUAUCUAUAUAUAAUAUUAUUUUUUAAUGGCCAUGCAUAUUGUGUUUCAGUCCUUUUGCGUUGAUGUUCUAAGCUUCAGUAUAGAAGCUGGCAGCCUGAUCUCAUUCAGAGGUUAAAUCUAUGCCUUUUUCUCCACGUGAGUGUUUAAAGAACAUUUUUCAUUGACUGUUCUUGAAAGCCCCCUUCUCCUUUGCACUAAAUGGGUUUUGAUAAUAUUGCAGCAGCCUUUUCCGUUGCUCUUUGGUCUCUCUUGUGGUGUUUCUGUCCUUUCUAGGAAGUUGCGUGUUUUUAAUAAUUAUUAUAAUCCCAGAAGGAGUAAAAUGACAUAAUACUGAAUGGAGACAUUUUGUAUUGUAAAAUACUGUAAUUUUGAGAAUUCCAAAAGAAGUCUCGAAUGAGAAAACCUUUUCCUGUGCAGAUGUGAUCUCACAAACCACUUUCUUCCCAGAUCCCGUUCAUCCCCAGGACGCAGACGCGCUCGGCUCCUGUACGAAUGUCCCCCUAGCAAAGGGGGACGAGGACGCGGGGGUGGGAAGCGGUGGCUCCUACCAGCUAAACUCACAGUUUCCUUUUGCUGUUAAAGCGCUUGGAAAGGACCCUUUCUGACCGCAAGAGGUGAGCGUUGGAGUUUGCUGCUGUAUUUCACUGUCUCGAGGCUGGACCUCUCCUCACUCAGUUCCACACGACCCUGACCAAGGCAGCUUGUGCUCUGCAGUCUCAGCUGCCUCUGUGUUCUCCUCGCACAUCCCUUCGCCGGAGCUAGAGGAGCUGCUUUCAGGGGUUUAGUUCACCCCUGAAAUUGCUGCAGCGGGACCAGGGUCCUGUCCCCCAGCAGCAUCGCGCCAUCCUCAGGGCCUGUGUCCACUUCCCUCCUCUAUCUCCUGUUCUAGGAUGAUUUUCUGUGAUGUUUUUCUGGCCUUUCAGCACUUUUUGCAGAAGCCACUGCCUGCCCAGCCUUGGCCUGGCAGACGCCGGUCCGGUUUUCUCUCUGCUCUGAGCACAAGGGUCAGAUCA